GAGCCCCGGGGCUGUGCCGCGCCUGGGCUGCCGAUGCUCCAGGUCGGCAAGGUCACCCCCUCGCUGCUCAUCGGCAACGCCAGGGCCGCCUGCAGCGAGGAGCUGCUGCUGCGAGAGGGCGUCACCUUCUGCCUUAAUGUCACCAGGCAGCAGCCGUUCCCCGGCCUGCGGCAGGUGCGCGGCCUGCGCGUCGCCGUGUUCGAUGACCCGGCUGAAGACCUGUACCGGCACUUCGAGGCGUGCGGAGCCGCCAUCGAGGAGGCCGUGAGGAGCGGGGGGAAGUGCUUGGUUUACUGUAAAAACGGCCGCAGCCGCUCCGCUGCCAUUUGCACCGCGUAUCUGAUGAGACACCGAAAGCUCCCGCUCAAGGAUGCAUUUGAGGUUGUGAAGGCUGCCAGACCAGUAGCAGAACCCAAUGCAGGAUUUUGGUCUCAGCUGCAGAGAUAUGAAGAAGAUUUGAAGAUACCAGAGCAGUCUGCUCUGAUGAGCAAAGAACUUAAAAAUAGCAAUGUGUGAAGCUGUUUGUAAAGAGAGUUAAAUGGCUUGCUACCAAUUUAAGAAAAAAAAUAUCACUUCCUAUAUCACCUAUUCAUAAAAUGCCUUACUCCCCAAACUGAGUUGCUGG